UUUCCUCCAUGAGAACAACGCAGGCUAAAACUCCUCCGCAGGCAACAUAGGGAAAAGAUACGUGGACAGACUGUGAAGCACUCAAAGAUGGUAGCACCAAUCCAGCAUUUGGUCAAGAAGGACGUGACGUUUGUGUACCACAGCCGGGACUUAGAGCUGGCCAGGUUUCUGGUGUUCUCUGUAGAGCGGCACAACUACAGCACUUUCUUCAGACACCGCGAUGCCUUCAUCCAGCCUGAUCAGUUGAUAACGGACUGGGUGGAAAACACCAUGCGAAACUCGCGCGCCAUCGUCGUCAUCAUUUCUGAUCCUUUCAUGCGUGGCGGCGGGCUACUCGACUUGGAGAUUGCCAUGGUCACGGCGGCACAAAGUCAGGAUAAGCUGGUGGUCGCAGUGAUCUGCCAGGGGUGUGACCCUCCAGGUCUGCUAGCGGCGGCCAGGACGGUCUCAUUCAACGGGGAUUUUGACCGGCUUAAAGGAGAUCUGAUGAAAGUCAUCCAGGGACAUAUAUCUAGUGCCCAGACGUCUACGGAGAGGGUGCACGAAUCUCAGCCUACCCCUGGUUCGAAUCGCCAAGCAGACCGCGACAGUGGGACAUAUUACGUGCGUUACAAGAGGACGUGUUGUCUCACAUUCAGUUAGCGGUGAUCACAGCCCUACGGCCCUCUGAUAUUUCGGACAAAUUACGGUACAUCGUGCGAUCCUCUAGAGAUCGAAGCGCCAUGACGUUCUGUGGAACUGCUAUUAUGAACGCGACCAUCUUAACUUUGGCACUGCCAUUGCUUGGUCUAGUUUUCUCGACUCUUGGACAUCCAUUGUUCGAGAUCCACCAUGUACACUUAAUUUUACUGGUGUUCCCACUGUUUAAAGAUCUAUACUGCUUUCAGCAGAUUGCAAACUGUAGAUAUAAGAUCGUGGCCAUGUAUAAAUGUUGUAGGUCUGGCAGAGAAAACCAAGUGCCCGAUGUUAUCCGUACACUAGUCUCUACAGCUAAUACUUCAUAUAGGUCAGUCCGGAGCUGUGUUGUCACUGUACUAGCCGGAGAGAUAGCAAUUUGGGCAGUCAUUGCCAAUAUCUCACUCGCUCAGGGACAUAACAUCAAAGGUAUCACACAGCUUCUGGAGAUGUAUCCCUUCACCGCACUUCCCUUUUCGGUCUUCCUGCUCCACACGUGUUAUGUGGCCGCUCACUUGUUGUUUUACCAUGAUCCCACCCUUCGGACCUUGAUCAGGGACCAACUGUUCUACUUCGAAGGUAUCAUGGAAGACCCAGACUUCGGUAAACAUCACAAAACACUGGAGUCUUACCUCAGUAGACUGCAUCUAUAGAAAUAUGUGGCAAGUAGGACAUGCUUGAAUAACGUUAUGCAACAUUUUGCUAUUGAGUUUUGAAGUGUGUGUACUGAGUAAAAUAUAUAUUAUGUUAUACAU